AUGGCCAUCCUGAACGAGACAUGUCGCGAUCUGAUGUUUCGGAGCACCACCAAAGACAUCAAACGCAUACCCGAAGAGUCACUGCAGCGAUUCCAUGGUCAAAGGCCUAUCCGGCGCUCAAGCGACACUGUGUUCACCUACGACAGCCUCCAAGUGGCGGACCCAAGGCAUCGCACCGAGUUGAAUAUAUAUGGCGACUUCUUUCGUUGUUUUGGGGCAGGGCGGCGGGCCAGUGUGAACCUACCUGCUUGUCCUCAAUUUGUUGAUGCGGCAACUUACCAGCAGUGGCCGACAGAUUUCACGCAAGAGAUGAGGAGAGAGUACGACUUCUACAAAGACCAUGGGACAGGAACUAAUAAAUUUUGA